UGUAGGAUGUGCGUGCGAGGUCGGUCUGAGGCGCCCUGUGUGAGGAGCAGCUCCGGUCUCAAGACCGGCUUUGCUCACUCCCUCGGUCCCUCCUCGGAAUAGCGAGAGUGGCUUUGGCUUCAUCGAUCCGACGCCAUCGUUACAGAGUAAGAGAGAAGAUGAGCUCUCCUUCGUCUUCUGCUUAUUCUCCAUCCGAGAAACAAACGAAGCAAGGCUUGGGGUGGAUGGAAUGGCUGAGAGGGUGGCUUUAUUUGGUAUAUGAAAUGCUUUUCCAGAGGAUUAUGGCUAGCCAUUUGCAGAAUCCAUUGCCUUUGCCUCCUCUUAAUGAUCUCACUUGCAUUGUCACUGGCUCCACUAGUGGUAUUGGCCUCGAAAUUGCCAGGCAAUUGGCAGAGUCAGGAGCACAUGUUGUUAUGGCAGUAAGGAAACCUAAGGCAGCUCAGGAAUUGAUCCAGAAGUGGCAAAAUGAGUGGUCUGGAAUGGGGCUUCCUCUCAAUAUUGAGGUGAUGGAACUUGAUCUCCUUUCAUUGGACUCUGUUGUGAGAUUUGCUGAAGCAUGGAAUGCAUGUAUGGGACCUUUGCAUGUUUUGAUCAACAAUGCAGGCAUAUUUUCAAUUGGAGAGCCACAGCGAUUUUCAAAAGAUGGAUAUGAAGAACAUAUGCAAGUGAACCAUCUGGCUCCAGCAUUGCUUUCAAUAUUGCUUUUGCCAUCUCUUAUUAGAGGUUCUCCCAGCCGCAUUAUCAAUGUCAACUCCAUUAUGCAUUAUGUUGGUUUUGUUGACACUGAAGACAUGAAUAUUGUUUCUGGGAAAAGAAAGUAUACAAGUUUAGCAGGAUACUCAAAUAGCAAGCUUGCACAGAUCAUGUUUAGCAGUAUCCUGCAUAAGAAGCUGCCUGCAGAAGCCGGCAUCAAUGUGGUGUGUGUCUCACCUGGAAUUGUCCACACAAAUGUUGCAAGGGAUCUUCCUAAAAUUGUUCAGGGAGCUUACCAUCUGAUACCAUAUUUCAUCUUUAGCGCUCGAGAAGGUUCUAGAAGCGCACUUUUUGCUGCCACUGAUCCCCAGGUCCCCGAGUACUGUGGGGUGUUGAAGGCUGAUGAGUGGCCUGUUUGUGCUUGCAUAUCUCAUGAUUGCCGUCCAAUGAAUGCUUCUGAAGAAGCGCACAACUUGGAAACUUCUUACAAAGUAUGGGAGAAAACUUUGGAAAUGAUCGGGCUUCCUUCAGAUGCCGUGGAUAAGCUAUUAGAAGGUGAUGUAGUUGAGUGCCGAUAUGGGGCAAAAAGAGAAUAAGACUUCACUGACACGGAUGCUGCAAACAGUUACAUACACAGCCGACAGCUUUACAUUCUUUUGAGUAACGAGUUUUUCACUGUCUGACUGUCUCAAAUUGUAACCAUUCACUUUCAUUUCUAAUAUCAUUGCUUGAUUUGAUUAUUAGUCUUAAUAAGAAUGCUGAUUCGGAGACUUUGGAAGAGACCAGUCCAAAAAGCAGAGAAUUUCUAAACAAUCAAUGUCUUAGAUUUUCAUCCAACAUCCCUCAUAAGCAGCCUCUUGUAGGUCCUUCCAUAAAACCAAACCCCAUGAAUAACCUCUUCAAGCCAAGGUUCAAAGUAUCAAAAUACUUGCUUGAUGCCCAAAUUUUCAGAAUGAGACAUGUAAAGCACACCUGUUUUUUGUACUUUUCUGUCUGAUAUUUCAGGAAUGAUAUUAUGAAUGUUUCUAUUGCAUAUUGUACA